AUGAGUGCCUCUGCAGCUGACAAUCCCGAAGCUCCCCUGCUAGCCCAGACUGCCACUACCCCUUGCUCUCCGCCGCCUCGAUACUCCGACCAGUUUGGAGAAGGGGAUGUCCACAAUGACAACCAGAUUAACAGAAGAUCGCUAGGGACAUCGCCAGGGGCAGCAGCAGCAGCAGCAGCAGCAGCAGCAGAGUCUGGAAGCUCGUUCAUAUGGGCGCUAACCUGUUCAGCCGGCAUCAGCGGCUUUCUUUUCGGCUAUGAUACCGGAGUCAUCUCCUCGACCCUAGUGUCCAUCGGGACAGACCUGUCGGGCCGUAUGCUCAGCACGCGCGAUAAGAGUUUGAUUACAGCGUGCACCAGUUUAUUUGCGCUGAUCGUGAGCCCGUUCGCAGGUGUCCUGGGCGACAAGCUCGGUCGCAAGCCCGUCAUCCUCAUUGCUGAUCUCCUGUUCAUAUCUGGAGGGGUGUUGCAAGCCGUAUCCUCGAAUGUCUGGACCAUGAUAUUGGGCAGGAGCCUGAUUGGCUUGGGUGUUGGGGCGGCUAGUCUGGUUACCCCGCUGUACAUAUCUGAACUCUCUCCUCCCGACAUGCGAGGUAGAAUGGUAACCAUCUUAAGCCUCUUUGUGACUGGAGGCCAGGUCGUUGCAUACACCAUCGGCUGGCUCCUCUCUACCACCCACGCCGGCUGGAGAUGGAUGGUCGGCCUCGGGGCUCUCCCCAGCAUAGUCCAGCUAGUCAUCGUUCUCUUUUUCCCCGAAACCCCCCGCUGGCUUGUCCGGGCAAACAAGCAGCCCGAAGCCCGGCGUGUCAUCCACAGAAUCUACGGCCCAUCCAACCCACGAAUCCCCGACCAACUCGUCCGGGAGAUAGAACGGGAACUCCACGCAGAGGAAGAUGAAUUGGACGAGCUCCUAAAGCCCUCAAACCAAGAGACGUCAUCGCACGCAUGGCUGCACCUCCCACGCGGCUGGGCCGCUCUCUUCCAGAUCGACGGCAACCGCCGCGCGCUGACGAUUGCCUGCAUGCUCCAGGCCCUGCAGCAGCUCUGCGGCUUCAACUCACUCAUGUACUUCAGCGCAACCAUCUUCUCUCUCCUGGCCUUCUCCUCGCCAACGCUGACCUCCCUCUCCGUCGCCGUGACAAACUUCCUCUUCACCCUUCUCGCCUUCUCGCUCAUCGACCGCAUCGGCCGCCGCCGCAUCCUCCUCGUCUCAAUCCCAAUCAUGACCACCGCCCUCCUCCUCUGCGCACUCGCCUUCUUCACCUUCGAGUCCCCAUUACCCAACAACCCACCCCAGGAACACCAGCCGCCCGACUCAGCACUAGCAGCGCUCUCCCCGCUCCUAAUCCUGACCGCUCUCAGCGUCUUCACCGCCGCGUACGCUUCCGGCAUCGGCACGAUACCCUGGCAGCAAUCCGAACUCUUCCCGCUAAGCGUGCGCUCGCUCGGCUCGGCGCUCGCCACCGGGGUCAACUGGGCUUCCAAUUUUGUUGUCGGGCUGACGUUUUUGCCGGUAAUGGAGUGGAUCUCGCCCGGGUGGACGUUUGUCUUGUACGCGGCUGUCUGCGCGGUGGGAUGUGUGGUUAUUUGGGCGAUAUAUCCCGAGAUGAGUGGGUUGGGGUUGGAGGAUGUGAGGGGGCUGUUGGUUGAGGGGUGGGGUGUUGGGGAGAGUGUUGAGCGGUUUAAGAGGAGGCGGCGGCGGAGGAGGCCGCGGGGCGGGUGGUUGUGGUUCAUACAUGCCUAG